AUGCCCUUCGAUGAAACGACCUCUAAACCAUUUAAAAACGUUUCCAUUCAACUGAUCCUUAAUGAGGAUGAUCACAAGGAUCACACUGUAAAGCAGGAAGACUGGCAGACUCCUCUAUCAUCUCCAUCAGAGAAUAAAGGUGGCGAACUACCGACGAAUACAUUUGUAGAAAGAAAGGUAUUGCCAGAAUCCCCGUAUAGUAUGAACACCAAUGUUGCUUCAUCCGCGGGAUCUGGUCCUGGUGCUAGUUCUGGUCCAAUGGGAAACUUGGGAACUGGUAGUUCUAAUCAUGUAGGUAUUGGUGCUCCCGUUUCAGGCGGUGAUUACUACCAGCAGAAUGUGCCUUAUAAUAUACGAGUUCCUUACUACCCUAUUCAGUCAUCUCCAGAAUAUACAGAUAACAGAAGAGGUAGAAGGUUCAGAAGACGAUAUAAUCAAAUCGUGAGGAAGUAUAUGUGCUCAUUCCCUGGUUGCACAAAAAGCUAUGGCUCACUAAAUCACUUAAACACUCACAUAGUUUCAAAGAAACAUGGUCAGAGGAAAUCUAAAGCGGAUUUUCAAUCUCAUGAGGACCAAAACCCACAUAACCUUCAUGCAAAUGCUGGAGGGUGGUCCUAUGGAAAUCCACCUCCACAUACUGGUCAUCAGAACGCCCCACCACCUCAGCAUCAAUCAGGUCCCGCAUAUUUGCAUUUACCUCACCAAAUACCUCAAGACCCUAGACUACAGCCACAACAACAACCUCAUGUAACGCAUAUGGGAGGUACCUCUAUUGCUCCACCGCAAUCCUAUUAUUUGCAUCAAUCUGUAUGGGUACCUAAUUAUCAGCCCCAGUAUCAGCAAGCUCCUCCCCCGCCCCCUAUUCAGUCGCAAUCAUCAAUGCCUCAUUUGCACCCUCCACCCCCAAUACUACAACACCAGCAUCAACACCAGCACCAACACCAGCAUCAAAUUCCGCAGCCACACACAAAUCAGCAUCUAGCCUUAGUACAACCGACUAGCUACCACCAACCCCUGCAACAACAACAACAACAACUGCAACUUCCCAGUCAUUUGCAAUCCUCUUCCAUGUCUCAGCAUGGCCUCAAUUAUCAAGAGGAAUCAGUAUCCUCAUCUUCAUCUGAAGAAUCUGAAAAAUCGCCCACCGUUAAGGCAAAAUAA